CUGAGUGGGCGCGGCCAGGCUGCUACCUUGUCAAGGUGUGGUUUGUUUCUUAAUUUGUGUGUAUUUCACUUGGAGGAGACAUCUAGCCGGCCCGGCGGUGGACAAAGUUUCGGGUGAGUGCGUUUCGCAGAAACUCAGGCGCAGUCAAAGACGAGCGAAGAAGCAGCCAUGUCCAACAGGCCAAACGGGAGCCCGCCUCCCUACGAGUCGGAUGGCUACAACGCCGCCCCCCAGCCGGCGUACUCGUACUACCCGGAAGACGAGUUCCAACACUUCUACCGCUGGACGUCGCCGCCGGGCGUGCUGAAGAUCAUGGCCAUCAUUGUCAUCGUGCUGUGCGUGGCCAUCUUUGCCUGCGUGGCCUCCACUCUGGCGUGGGACUCGCAGGGGGCGCUGUCGGGCUUCGGCGGCGGCGGCGGCAUCGGCGGCUCCUAUCCCGGAAGCUACGGCGGCGGCGGCAGCUUUGGCUCUUUCGGAGGCGGCGCCUACGGACCCGGCAACAACUACGGCUACGGCAACCUGGGCGGCAACUACAACGACCCCCGCUCGGCCAAAGGCUUCAUCAUCGCCAUGGCGGCCAUCACUUUUGUGGCGGCGCUGGCCAUCUUCAUCCUCCUGGCGUCCCACCAGAGCGUCUCGGAGAGCAGGAAGUUCUACCUGGCUGCGAUCAUCGUCUGCGCCAUCUUGGCCCUGUUGAUGCUGAUCGCCACCAUCGUGUACCUGGUGGCCGUCAACCCCACGGCGCAGUCGCAAGGCUCGGCCUACGGCAGCCAGAUCGCCGGCCUGUGCGCCCAGUACCAGCAGCCGCAGUUGUCGGGGAUCGUGGUCAACCAGUACCUCUACCACUACUGCGUGGUGGAGCCACAGGAGGCCAUCGCGGUGGUGUUUGGCUUCCUGGUGGCGGCCGCCCUCAUCAUCAUGCUGGUGUUUGCGCUGAAGACGCGCAAGAAGAUCAGCGAGUUCGGCAAGAGCAACAUCUUGUGGAAGCGCGUCAAGGUGCUGGAGGACGCCGAACCGCCGCAGGACGUCGAGGCCUGGGUGAACAACGUGUCUGUGCCGCCCGAGGAACUUCCCAUGGCCGACUUCCCGGAGACGCUGCGCAGCUCGCGGGGUCGCCUGGACGACGACCGCAGCACCGACUACAGCAAACCUCGAUACGGCUACGCGCCGGUGGAGGAUGAGCGGCCCGUCCGUAACGGCGUUCCUUCCAGCGCCGCCGACUCGGCCGCCCCCAGCUGGGCCGGCAGAUCCAACGGGAGGCGGGGAGACCCCGACGCCGACUAUGCGUCCUCGGGAGACGAGCUGGACGACGAGGACGCCGACUACUACAGCGAGUUCCCGCCCGUCGCCACCGAGCAGGAACGCAACGAGUACAAGCGGGAGUUUGACCGCAACCACCACGAGUACAAAGAGCUCCAGUCCGAGCUCGACGCCAUCAACGGCAAACUCAGCGACCUGGACCGACAACUGGACGAGCUGCACAAAGGAAGCCCGCAGUACCUGGACGCUCUGGACGAGUACAACCGGAUCAAGGACAUGAAAAAGUCUUCAGACUAUCGCGCCAAGAAGAGGCGAAGCAAAUACCUCAAGGCCAAACUCAACCACAUCAAGAAGAUGGUCAGCGACUACGACCGCAGAGCCUGAGACGUGCCGCCGCCGCCGCCGUCAGAACAAAUGCUCGCUCAGCCAGAACGGGUCGGCCGGCCACGUCAUGGCUGCCCGAGUCUUCCUGCCAGCUAUGAACUCUUUUCAAGCAACAAGCUAUAUAUUUGUCAUGAUGAAUUUUUGCAUGACGUUCUGCAUGACAACUCGGUCCACGUGUAUCGAUCGGACUAGCUAUUUUUAACCAAUUCGUGUACUUAAGGCUGUAUUUUUUUUUAUGAGAAUAAAAUGCCAAGAAAUGUUUUCAUUUA